GCACUAGGGCCGUGGUCGCGCCGGCCCGCGGACGCGCGUUCGCUGCCUGUGCGGCGUCCGCCCGGGCCCUUCGCGUGUCGCCGCCGCCUGGCCGGCUCCAGAAACCGCACUUAAGAAACUUCUCUGCACUGAGAUGAUUGAAUGCUAUGUAGCCUUCUGCUCCUCAUCCACCUCGAAUGGUUCCAUUUAAUGGACCACCAGAGAGGCAGUACUGCUUUUGUCUUUUCAGUGUUGCAGUCUUGAAGAAUCUGUGGAAUUUUGAAAAUACUAUGGAGCCCAUCAGAGUGUGUCACUGAAGAAUAAAAUGGCUGAAAAUUUUAAAAUGCUAAAGAUUCAACAGUGUGUAGUAGCCAACAAACUAACUAAAAAUAGACCAUAUAUUUGUAAUAUUUGCCUCAAGCACUUUGAAACACCGUCAAAGCUAGCGAGACAUUAUCUUAUUCAUACUGGUCAAAAACCAUUUGAAUGUGAUGUGUGUCAUAAAACUUUUAGACAGUUAGUCCACCUGGAGAGACAUCAGUUAACUCAUAAUCUGCCUUUUAAAUGUAGCACCUGUCAGCGCCACUUUAAAAAUAUGAAGACAUUCAUCAAACACCAACAACUUCACAAUGAAACCUACCAGAAUGAUGUUAAACAGGUCAAAAGAUUGUUGGAGGACAAACAAGAUAAAACAGUGUAUGGAGAGGAGAGAUGGGCAGUGCAUCCACAUUCUAAGUCUGAUCCUACAUACAACCCUGCAAAUAAAAGAAAGAAUAUUCAUGUAUGUAAAAUCUGUGGCAAGAUGUUUCCGUCGCAAUCAAAACUUGAUAGGCAUGCACUCAUUCAUACUGGUCAGAGGCCUUUUAAAUGUGUCCUGUGCAGCAAAUCUUUCCGACAGUCAACUCAUUUAAAAAUUCACCAACUCACACACUCAGAAGAAAGACCUUUUCAAUGUUGUUUUUGUCAAAAAGGAUUUAAGAUCCAAAGCAAACUUGUGAAGCAUAAACAAAUCCAUACGAGGAAUAAGACUUUUCAGACCCUUUCAUUAAAAGGAAAGAGUACAGAAUCAUGCCCCUUGCCUAAUAAAUUAAAUACAAAGCAAGAUGGUUUUGAAAAUGGUAAUGUAGGUGAAUCUGAGAAUAGUCAACUUGGUAUCCACUCCAUUUAUAUCGUCCCUUUUCAAUGUCCAGAAUGUGAAGAAUGUUUCGAAUCACAACAGAUUCUCAAUGGACACAAGUGUUUUCCUGCCAAAGGUGGCAAAACUCCAAGCAGGCUCAAAAGAAACUACAGCUAUAAAACUAUUGUUAAAAAAAUCUUGACGAAGCUUAAACGUUCUGGGGGUAAAAAAUUAGAUGACUUUCAAUCUGAGAAAAAAGUAUUUAAAACUAGUUUCUUGAAAAAAUAUGAUCUUGUUUCGGGUGAGCAAAACCCUGAACAUUCCCAGAAAGUGCUUACGGGUUCUCUUUUCAAUCAUGGAACCUAUAAUAAGACUGUUGGCAGUAAAAAGAAGAAAGCAUUGACUUUGCCGUUAUCUUGGCAGAAGCACUGCCAGAGCCAAAAUAUGGGGAAAAACUUGAGAAGCAUCCUUACAGCAGAAAACAUGUUGAUUCUGGAUAAUCCAGUGAAUAAUAAGGAUGUGCCUACCUGUGACCCAUCAGGUGAGGAAUUCUAUGAUAAUUAUGAAGUGCUUCAGUGUGGUUUUUCAGUUACAAGUGAAAACAUGCAUACUGGACAUAAGAUAUGUCCUUGUGACAAAUGUGAAAAAGUAUUUCCUUCUAUAUCCAAACUACAAAGACAUUAUUUAAUUCAUACUGGACAGAGGCCUUUUGGCUGUAAUGUUUGUGGGAAGUCUUUUAGACAGUCAGCUCAUUUAAAAAGACAUAAAUUAACUCAUACUGAAAAGAUUCCUUAUAGAAGAUCUCUUCGCCAAGUAGAAUUGGAACACUUGGACAAACUUUUCAGUCAUUCUGGUGAUAAUAUUAACUGUAAUGCUUCCCAGCAGUGUCAAACUCCGAGUUUUCAAAAACAUAAUGUCUCAGAUUCAGAUCAAAUAUCAGAAAUAAAAGUUAAGUCAGAGUCGGAGGAUUUCAUUCUUGGUGACCCCUACAGGAAAAGGCAGCCCUAUCUCUCUAAUGAGCUUCUAUAUUCAGAACAGAACCAACAUAGUCAUUGCUAUAAUUAUUCAGAGUCCCCGGAGAGGAAUGAUGGCCUUCUUUACCAAUGCAGUGUUUGUUCUAAGAGUUUUAGGUCUCCAUCUAAAUUGGAAAGACAUUAUCUAAUUCAUGCAGGGCAGAAACCCUUUGAAUGUUCAGUUUGUGGCAAAACAUUCAGACAAGCUCCUCACUGGAAGAGACAUCAACUUACUCACUUUAAAGACCGACCAUUCGAUAAGUAGUUGUCUUUAAAUUCUGUUAUGUAACUGAUUGAACCUUUAACACCUUUGCGGUUUCUCUGGUGAUCUUGUUUUUAAAGCUUGAGUUACACACACACACACACACACACACACACAUUUUUUUAUCAGAAGGACUGCAUUAGGUUGAAUGAUUUCUUAGGCAGUUGCUUCCCAGCAUAGUAAAGUAAAACACAUAGAAAACUAAAUGUUUCAGGAACAGCCAAAUUCAAUAUUUAGAAGGAAGAAUGUGAUGAUGACAAAGUAAGUAUUUAAUUUUGGCUAUAUUAAUAGUGUUACCUCUCAAAGAUGUGCCAAUACUCGAUCACAUAAUUUUUAGGAAUGACUAACACCUUGAUUUCAAGACCUAGGUAAAAAUUGUGGGUUUUGGCUGUAUCAAAUAGCCCCACAAUAUUUCAUUAUAAAACAGCAUCUUUUAGUCCACCUAUGACUCAAAUUCCAGUGCAGUCUUUUUCUUAUAGUUUUAAAAUUACAUUAAUGAGAAAGUGAAUGAGAAAGCAAGUGUUUUCAUUGAUCUUUUUCCAAGCUAUUUUUGGGAUUCCUGGUUUUACCUUCUUUUCCACAGGAAACUCAAAUUGCUUUUUUGCCCAUCUUGCUCUUGUCUUUCACCAAAGAAUUUACAAGAAGAGAGAGGGUAGGAUGCACCUCUAUACACUUAUGAUGUUUACUUUCCAGGUAGACAUUAGUCUAAGUGCCAUACUUUUUUGAUGGGUAUACAGUAUUAUCUUUUGACAGGAAGAACUCUGUUUUCUUAUUAAUGAUUGAUAGACUUAGCUAUAAACCGUGCAUAGCCACAAGAGUUUUGCAUUUGUGUUACUAAAACUUCAUUACAGUGCCUCUUUAAUUGGAUGGUUGUUUUUUGAGUUUACUUGUUCAGUUUGACCAGAUGGUAAUGACUAUUUAUGAUUUUAGUUUUUGUUCCUUAAUAUGAUUUGUGCAAGGUUAAUGCUAAAGAAAAUUAUUUGAAUCCUCAGUAAAUUUUUUAGUAAGAUUUUUUUAAUGCUCAGAGAGUUCAGAAUGUCAUUUUUAAAAACAGUACUGUCAUAAUUUGGCAGGGGGGGAUAUUUCACUUCUAAAAGAUUUAUAGGGACAAAGUGUCCUUUAUAUUUACUAUUUUUCUAUCAAACCUCUUGGAAUGUCAUAUUCUAGCAACAAAAUACAUCUAAAGUGAAAGAAAAACAGGAAGGUAUUUAUCUUAGCAUAAUAAAAUACAGUGACAAGCUCUCUAUUGAAAAUAAAUAGCUACAUGAACAGUUAUGACUUGUACCUUGGACGAAGAGCUGUCUUUGGAGUCAGGAGGAGAGAUAUAUUAAGCUUGGUCUGCUGAUGCUGCAGGUAAAUUUUGAAAAACCAGUGCAAUUUAAGGAUAUGAACACUAUUAAUAUAUAAAAACCCAAAGAUGUGCAAAUGUGCAGAAUAAGAUGUUUUACAAAUACUGUCUUUAGGUUUUUUUUAUAUUUUCAAGUACAAGCAAGUAGAUGGUUUGUAGAAUUUGCUUUACACAAAACUGUUCAAGAAUACAUCCGUUAUAUGAAAGUAAAAAGUAAUUAGCUCAUAUUUUCCAAGAAUAAAGAUUCAAGGGUUUUUUCCUUUUGAAAUGCUUGAAUUUAUAUAUUCGGAAAUUUCCUAAAAUGGUUAUGUAAUUUUAUUUGAAGUAAAAUGUCUUGUAUACUUAUUUCCCACACUACUAGGGAGAGUCCUAAUAGUGGUGUACCUGUAUGAUUAUUAGACUCUCUCUCUAAGUGGCAUUACUAUGCCUUUUAUCCUUUUUUUUGUCCAUGUCUUUUAAAACUGCUUCAUAUUGAAAGUUGGAGUACUGUAAAAAUUUUGUAAAAGAUGUACUGUAGUGCUAUUUCAAGUACCCUGAAAGAAAAAAGACCUCAUUACCUUUGAAAGCUUCUUGUAGAAAGUUUCAUAGGAAUGAAAAUAAACUGUACAUGCAUGGUAAGAAAUUAAAUAUUGAUAUUAUAUAAUGAUUUUGCUGCGUGCUUUAACGGUAUUGUUGAAUCAGUGACUGGUUUUCUGGAAAAGAAGUAAACUUUGUAAAUUUCUUUCAAGAGAAUUAGAAGAAAUUUUUUUUUAGGAAUUCUAGGUUGUAGCAUUGUUAUUUACUAAAGUAACUUAACUGGUUGAGUUACUGGGAAUAUUUCUUGUUUUGUUCUAUAAUAGGGCCUACAAUUUUAGUACAUUUAGUACAAAAUGUGUGUGUGUGUGUUCAAGAAAACUAGAUGCUGGUUAUAAUUCUUAAAAACUUUAAAUUUCAGAAUAAAGUUUCAAGUUAAAAAGUUUGGACUUUUUUUUUAAAGGGGAAAAAAGACAGUACUGGAACAAGGUACUGAGAGUGAAAUACCUUCUUGGGCCUACCUCAUUUCACCCUCCAUUGAACUUCUUACAUAAAUAUUCCAAUCUUCUUAUUUUUUGUCUCUUUGAUAGCUACUUAUUACCUAGAAAACUUUAUGGCCUGUUGUAUGAUAUGUUACUCAUUUAUUUAUCCUCUUUGGCCUUUAUCUCCAGAUUAAUGCUAAAUAAUUAGAAGCCCAGGAAUGUGAUUCAGUAGUAGAGCACUUGCCUUGCAUACAUGAGAUUGUGACUGGGCACUACUCCUCAUGCUAAGUGAUCCCUACUUACUACUUUCUGGAAGCUACUCUGUUAAUUGUCACUGUAGUGAGUAUCCUUAGUUGUGAACUACAACAUUUUCCCCCUCAUAAUGUACCAGUCACAUGGUUUGGGUGGAACCCUAAAUUGCAGCUCCAGCAGACAAUCCUGAGAAUACAGCCUAUCAGAAUAUUCUCAUCUCCCCUCAUGGCUGUUCAGAAAUGAGUAACCCAGGUCUAGCCAAGCCAAUGUUUAGCAUUAUCUUGGCCAGAGUAACUGGCUCAGGAGUAUUUGACAUUAUUGACAUUACUGCCUUAUGAAACAAUUUUUCUCAGUCUGGUUCCUUUGCUUGGAAGGGAUUAUAGAAAUUCUUGGAAAAAUUAUAGAAAAGGUUUACAAUAGAGGAAAACCAUUGAAAGAUACAAUUAUAGAAUAUCCAAAGCCAUCAGCCAAAAAUUUGGCUAAGAGAAAAAAGGUGGUUAAAUACUGUGUAUUGUAUGACAACUAAAUAUAUUUUAAAUAGAUAUUUCCACAUGUUUAGAUCACUUAAAAUGGAGACUAUUGACUUAAUAGCUUAUUGCUUAAAAAAAUAAGAUAAACUAUAAAGGUAUUGAAUAUGUAAAUUGGCGAAUUGCUCAUCACCUCGAUCUUCAGCUACCCAAAACUAUAAUAAAAUCAUGUUCCCUUUGAAAACCUACUUGGGGCUCACUCUAGAGUAGGAUAUAUAACUUACUCCAGGAUAGUUCUUAAAGGUGUGAAGCAGGUGCUUUGCAUGCAUGUAAUCAUGGAUUCAAUCCCUGCAUAGCCCAGGUAACCCCUGAACAUAUUUGAGUAUGGUCCUGGUGACCCACAAUGCCACUAGGUCUGAACACCACAUCGGGUCUGCACAGGCAAAUCAGUAUCACCAGCAUUGAUCUCGAAGUGUCCUAGUACCAUUGGAGAUACUCCUGUGAAAAUAAACAGAACCACUCUAUCCUUCUGUGUUGUGCUUUAUGAUCCCAGUAUAUUUUCAGUGAUUUAGGAUGAGGACCCAGAAAAAAUGAUGCAGUGGCUUAGGAUGCCUGUCUCAAAAGCAUAUGGUCACAAUUCAAAUUCCCAGAGCCAUUGUAUGCCACUUAGUGAGAUCCUGGCAGUUCUGCUGCUUGAGUCUCCAGGCACUUCUACCUGCUUUUCAUGGCAGCACAAGCACUUUCUGGCUACACUGCAGCCACUACAAAGGAUUGUGGCCAUCUGAUAAACUCCACAACUAAAAGGAAGUGGGAGUCCUGGCAAGUAUUUUCUACUCCAGCAAGCAUUGAAAUCACAGUGUGUGCGCCACAACUAGAGUGCAUGCCCACUAGUAAGCAGGCAUACAAGCACCACAAAUAAAAGUGUACAAUACUGGCAAAUACCACAGUUGAGUAUGCAAGCAAUAUACUCUGCAAUAUGACCUCAUGAGCAUCAUAACUAAAAUGUUGCAAGUUACCACGUCUAAACCAAUUCUUAAGUUCUGGUCAGAGCAGCAACAUCAACAACAAAGGGAAGGGAAGGAGACAGAUGAGAAUUUAUUUUAAAUUCACUUAGGAUAUUUUUUUCAACUCUUGUCUUUUCAAGAUUUUCCAUGUUAUUUCCUCUUCACUUUUACUACUAAAACCCAGAUUCUGGGCAUUUUACUUUGCCUCAGAUUUGUAGCAGUCUCUCAGCUGGUAUUCUCAUCUUCAUAUUAUCCAGACCAUUUUAUUACCAUUCCUGAAAUAAGCAUCUUCAACAGUUUAUUUCAUCAUGGGAAUCCUGGUGGACUUCAAUAAGAAAUACAAUUUC